AUGGACAGAUACCAUGUGAUGAUGAAACCCAGUACACCCUCUUCUUUAAAAUCUUCGCCUAUAAAUAAAAGGCAUUUACAACACUAAGGGUACGGCGGGGACUCGUCUGGUGUCAUUGUCCAGCUUCAGAUGGCUGUAGUGCGAGCGAGGUGGGUCAAGCUUGAUCAGAACGGACCUGGUCCUGGAGCAAGGAGCUCACAUGCAAUUACCCUUGUAGGUCACAAGGCCUAUGCAUUUGGUGGCGAGUUCACGCCUCGUGUCCCCGUUGACAACAACAUUCAUGCCUUUGAUCUCCAGACCCAGACAUGGUCUGUCCUCCAAGUCACCGGUGACAUUCCUCCGCCGCGGGUUGGUGUCAUAAUGGCCGCUGUCGACAAAACUAUAUAUGUAUUUGGUGGCAGGGACGCUACACACAAGGAGCUGAACGAGCUCUACUCUUUUGACACAUUUACAAACAAGUGGACUCUACUAUCUACUGGCGACACCGGCCCUGCUCACCGGAGUUACCAUUCAACCGCCUCUGAUGAUCGACACGUGUAUGUCUUUGGCGGUUGUGGUGUUUCGGGUCGAUUAAAUGAUCUGUGGGCUUAUGAUGUGGUGGAAGAGAAAUGGGUCCAGUAUCCAACAGCAGGGGAAAAUUGCAGAGGCAGAGGUGGACCUGGGCUGGCCGUAGCCCAAGGAAAAAUAUGGGUUGUUUAUGGUUUCGCCGGAGAGGAGACGGAUGAUGUGCAUUGCUUUGAUCCGGCGGACGGGAAGUGGGAGCAAGUGGAGAUAAGUGGCGAGAAACCAACGGCUAGAAGUGUAUUUUCAACUGUUGGGAUUGGAAAAUACAUAAUCAUAUAUGGUGGGGAAGUGGAUCCCAGUGACUUGGGGCAUCUGGGUGCCGGGAAGUUCACCAGCGAAGUUUGGGCGCUGGACACGGAGGCUUUAAGGUGGCAGAAGGUGGAUGAUGGGUUGGGGGCAGAGAACCAUCCAGGGCCAAGAGGGUGGUGUGCAUUUGGUUCGGGUAAGUUGAAUGGGAAAGAGGGACUUUUGGUGUAUGGUGGGAACUCUCCGAGCAAUGAUCGGCUGGAUGAUAUUUUCUUCCUCAGUUGUUGCCUUGAUGCAAAUGAAAACGACUAAAGGAGUAUUUUUGUAAUUAUGAGUGGUUUGUUUAGAGUAUGUGUUUGUCUGUGAGCGUGAGUGAAUAAUAAUUGGGGUUUUUACUAAAAACUCCCUGGGGUUAGACUAAAAUUAUAAGUGUAGCAUUUUUUUUUUUUUAAUUUAUAAUAAUUUCCUAAGCAAGCUUGUUAU